AAAGUGCGGAAUGCUUGCGCAAUCGCUCCAGCCCUGGGCCACGAGUGGCUCUGGGCCGACACGGCAUGCAUCGACAAGACGAGCUCGGCUGAGCACUCCGAGGCCAUCAACUCCAUGCACGCCUGGUGCCGUGAUUCUGUCGAGUGUCUGGUCUAUCUCUCUGGUGUCGAGCACCUGGUCGACGAAGAGACUCUGUGCCCAGGACGGCCUGAAAUUACUGGCUCGCGCUGGUUCACGCGCGGCUGGACUCUGCAAGAGCUUUUGGCACCCAUCAACCUGACAUUUUACUGUUGGAACCUGCAGGGCGACGACCGCUGUGAUAUGCGCUGGAAGAAGCUAUUCCCAGUCAAAGCAGUGGAUUGA